UUCCGUUCCAGUUUUGACGCGAUGUUAGUGAACGCAUCUCCUCGUGGCGUCUGCUGCGUUCGCGUCACGACUCGUGACAUCCGCGUAAAUGAAUGUUUUGGACCGUUUGCUUGGGACUAACAACGCAAAUAAUUCGAUUGAUUUCGUGCAUUUGUCAUCGAAAGGUGUUAUGUAUUGGAAAUAUUGGUGGAAACCGCAGACGGUUGUAACAGGAAGUUGGUUCAUGUCAGGGGUAUUAUGGAAGUUGAGCCAACGUUCAUGAUUUUAUUUAUUUUAUGAGGCAAUUACAAAAUUUCUAAAAUAUAACACUAUAUGUGGAAAUCAGUAUCACAAGUAAAGUUCACCUAUAGGUAAACGGUAAACGCAACUGUACUUGUCUGAAAAUAAUGUAAAGGUUUUGUUUCCUUCUUUUUGUCUGAACAACAGAGAAACCUUUUUUCUUUAAACGGUUAGAAAAUUGUAUUUCGCAUAAAAAAACUGGUAAAGUAUAAACUGCUAUUUCACAAGAACUAACUUUACUCAAGGACAUAAUGUUGGGAUGUAGUUAAGAUGUUAAACAUUUUCUACAAUAAGUAAGUUAUUAAUAGUAAGAGAAUUUGACAGAAUAGUGAGGAACCUUUUGUGGGUCUUAUGUUUUCACUUCCUCAUUAUGUCACGUCAUUAUCCUGUAUAUAUUAUUAGGUAAUUAUAAUUGUUUAAUAAUCUCAGAGUGGUUGCUGUGUUUUAACACUUUUCUCUUGUCCAGACAGGUCUACGGACCCAAACAACCCAGAAGACAGAUGGGACUGCAUCCAGGCCUUCUUUCAAUUGGUCAACAAGGAGGCUGCUGGGUGGCUCUCAGUCUUCUUGCUCAUAAAAUCCAGUCUCCCCAAGAAAAAGAGGCUCUACAAGCUCUGACUGUUCUUGAGGCGUGCAUGAAUAACUGUGGCAAGAGGUUCCACGGAGAAGCGGCCAAGUUUCGAUUCCUCAACGAGCUCAUCAAAGUUUUGACGCCAAAGUACUUUGGUUCCUGGACUGCCCAGACAGUUAAAGACAGACUGACUCAGGUUCUUUAUGGUUGGACGCUCUGGCUCAAAGACGAAACAAAGAUUCAGGACGCCUACUCCAUGCUCAAGAAACAAGGCAUCAUAAAAAAGGAUCCCAAACUACCAGAUACAGUCACAAUGGCCCCUCCACCUCAAAGAGCCACAGACUCCGUUUUUGACCAAGAGGACAAGGCAACGCUCUUAGCCAGAUUAUUAAAAAGUGGAUGUCCCAAAGACCUGGAGACUGCCAACAGGCUCAUUAAAAGCACAAUGAAAGAGGAGCAGGAGAAGGCAGAGAAAGCAUCAAAGCGUGAAUCAACUCUGAAGGCGGUGGAGAGCAGCACCAAGCAGCUCAGGGAGAUGUUGGACGAGCACACUGAAGUGGCUUUCCAGCCCAGUGACGAAUUAAAGGUCUUGUAUGAGAGCUGCGAGCGUCUGAGGCCGAGCCUUUUCCGACUGGCUAGCGACACGGUGGAUGACGACGAGGCCCUGACGCAAAUCCUGGCAGCCAACGACGAUCUCACGCUGGUCGUGAACGCCUACAAGGAACGAACUGGGAGGCGGGAGUGUAACGGAAGAAGUAAAAGUAAAGAAGCGGUGACAGAAGAAAACAAGACUGCUGCGAGUCCCAGAGAGAUCAAGAGCUACCAUCUCAUCGACCUCUCGGCUCUCGACUCGCCUCAGACUGACAGAAAAGCCAACUCGCCUUUGUCCUUUCACUCCUCGUCACCUCUCUUUUCCUCUUCUCUGGAAAGCACCUGCAACUCCCCAACUGAGCAGAACCCUCCACGAUCAGAGUUAUUUCUACUCUCUCCAAAGUCAUAUUAUGAUGAGCUGAUGCAGCUCAGUGGAGCAGUCGAUGGAACGAAUAAAGAGAGGGGCCCUUCACUGAGAGCCCGUGGAUGUGGGGAAAACGGUUCUGCUUCAGCAAAUGAAAUAAACAUAUGGUCACAGAAUCAACAGUUCACAAGUUUAGGCUCAUCUUCAUGUUCCUCUCAACUCCCAGCACCUUCGGAAGACGCCGCUUCUCCGCAGCAUGUACUGAAAAAUGUCUUUGUUCCCAUGGAGACCAUAAAGUCUAGUCAGCUCGAGCCCAUCACUAUAUUUGACCAGGGUGGCAUCCACGUCUCGCUUCAUUUCACCAGGGACUCGCCGCCCGGUCAUCCUGGCGUCGCUGUGGUCGUCAUCUCCACGGUGAACACUUCCUCCCUGGAGGUGAAAGAUUUAAUGUUUCAAGCCGCUGUCCCAAAGACCAUGUCGGUGAAACUUCAACCUUCAUCUACAACACACCUGCCUCCAUACAACCCCCUCCUGCCCCCGCCUGCCAUUGCCCAGGUCAUCCUGUUGGCUAAUCCACACAAGUGUAAAAUGCGCCUGCGCUACAAGCUCGCUCUGAUACACGGACGGCAACAGUUGAAUGAGACCGGUGAGAUAGGAAACUUCCCGGACUGGAUGUCUCUGAUUGGCUCCUGAAAACACCACACACACACACACACAACCACAAACCCUCAUCGGGUUGCACGAAAAAAAAAAGUGACGCUUAACAUUGAGUCAGCGUAAAAAUGGUUUGGCUUUUACUCCUGAUUCGACUUGUCACGGUGUUUGUCAGUCACAUCUGUCACUUAAAAUGUCUGAUUUGCCUAUAAUACAUUUGUAUCGUUCCCAACAUGUCAUAAGGACGACAUUGUUUUAGUCUCGGCACUGCUGGAGGCGAUUUGUUUUUCCCCCCAAAAUACUGUAUGUUUGGUUUUUAUUCAUGCAUUUUGUGUGUUAUUACUGUAGCUAGAAUCAUCGUGACUCAAUUUUGCUGAUUACAUAUUUUGCAUCUGUAGCCUCAUCUGACCCCAUUAAUAACUGUGAAUAAAACAAGACCAGAGCAGUGUUAA